UAGUCCAGAAUGUUGGGAGACUUCUAGGACGGGAAGCUAGGGGCUUUCUGGAAGUGUUUAUUCUGACUUCACCCAGUGCCACUCAACCCACACCUUCUGCGGGUGGCUCGGGAAUGGGGCGGGGGGCAGGGCCUUGAACAAGGACGGAGAGGGAGCUGCGUGGUGGGUUCUCGGCCCAACAGCCAUGGCGGUGGAAGGAGGAAUGAAGUGUGUCAAGUUUUUGCUCUACGUUCUCCUGCUGGCCUUCUGCGCCUGUGCAGUGGGAUUGAUCGCCAUUGGUGUAGCAGUUCAGGUUGUCUUGAAGCAGGCCAUUACCCAUGAGACUACUGCUGGCUCGCUGUUGCCUGUGGUCAUCAUUGCAGUGGGUGCCUUCCUCUUCCUGGUGGCCUUUGUGGGCUGCUGUGGGGCCUGCAAGGAGAACUACUGUCUCAUGAUUACAUUUGCCAUCUUCCUGUCUCUUAUCAUGCUUGUGGAGGUGGCUGUGGCCAUUGCUGGCUAUGUGUUUAGAGACCAGGUGAAGUCAGAGUUUAAUAAAAGCUUCCAGCAGCAGAUGCAGAAUUACCUUAAAGACAACAAAACAGCCACUAUUUUGGACAAAUUGCAGAAAGAAAAUAACUGCUGUGGAGCUUCUAACUACACAGACUGGGAAAACAUCCCAGGCAUGGCCAAGGACAGAGUCCCCGAUUCUUGCUGCAUCAACAUAACUGUGGGCUGUGGGAAUGAUUUCAAGGAAUCCACUAUCCAUACCCAGGGCUGCGUGGAGACUAUAGCAAUAUGGCUAAGGAAGAAUAUACUGCUGGUGGCUGCAGCGGCCCUGGGCAUUGCUUUUGUGGAGGUCUUGGGAAUUAUCUUCUCCUGCUGUCUGGUGAAGAGUAUUCGAAGUGGCUAUGAAGUAAUGUAGGGGUGGGGGGCGUUUGGUCUUUUCAUGGAGUGGAUUCUCCAGGUUUUUUCAAUUAAACGGAUUAUUUUUUCAGACCUAAAAAAAGGA